AUGUCUAAAGUUGUGUUGACCAAACCAACCCCUUCAUUAUGGAGUAAAUUUCCCUACGAGAUCACCAAUAUGAUCUUCCAAAACGUAGCGCCUGCAGACCGUCCGGCCUGCGCAGUCGUAUGUCGGGAGUGGCAGGUCGAGAUGGAGAAGCAGGCCUUCAAAACUCUUGACAUCAGCAGUGAUGACGUGGUGAAGUUUUAUGAAUACGUUGCCCGCAACCACCGCCGCCAGACCUACGUCAAAGACAUCGUUUAUCGCAUCCAGCUCCCCGAUAGCCUCGCCUUUGGUACCACCCUACCACGCCAGCCUAGUCGGCGGGACCGGCAACGCGUCGACGAGGAAAACCAGCGGCGGCAACAGAAUCGCCUGCGCUUCAUUCAGGCCAUUGUUCAUGUGUUGCGCAUUCUCUCCCUCUGGAAGGCGGAGCCGUACUACAAGGCUAACACCGGCAAUGGCCUCGCCCUCGAACUCGCCAUCGACUACAACCGCGGCCCGGACCCAGCCGAGCUGUACGGAAUUACGGCGUUCCAUGAGAUGAGCCUGCGCGAGCAUAUACACGACUAUCAAACUUGCCGAGAGCACUUGCCCGAAGUCCCCGUUGUCGGCACUUUCCGCAUCCUCCGAAGCUUCUUCAGCUGUCUCGAGGAGCCCACGCGCGCUGAGAUUAUGCUUGCCUUCCCGCGCCUCACCCAAGUCCGCUUCGAGCAGUGGUACCGCGAUGCAGAAUCGACCUACGCGAUGCCCGUGCCUUUUUGCGCCCAGCUAAUGACGUGGCCGCGCUCCGUGCGCAAAAUGUCCAUUUACCAGGCCCUGGGCGCCGACUUUGGUGGCCCGGACGUUGAUGAUGAGCCGAAGCUCGAGCAUGGCGACGACGAGACCGAUUGGUGCAUUCUACAGACACGAGUGGGAGCCGAGCUCGCCCAGCGCAGCCGCAGUAUGCAGGAGCUUAGCGUAUGCAACGUUGUCGAGGCUGAGAACUUCUUCGUUGCCUUCGAGCCGAGCCGCUACUACCUGGCCUCCUCGCCCCACAUGGCCAACAUGCGCUUCCUCACUCUCACCACCUCCAGCAUCAGCCCCCAUGCUUCCGACCGCCGACUCAACCUCCCCAACCUGCUGAGAAACAUCGCCUUGUUCAUCCCGCACAUGCCCGCCUUGUGCGUCUUCGAGCUCUUCAAGGCCCGCGACGUCGAGGCUGGCCGCUUCCAAGUCGUCGUCGAACAAGAGCAUCUGCAGGCUCCCCGCAUUGUUGUCCGCUGGGCGAGCACGUGGCGAUUCACCAUCGAGGACAACGUCAAAAUGGCAUGGAUCAACGCGGCCAUGAACUGUGAUCGUCGUCGCAACGUGCACUUCGAGAAGGAGGAGCUGAUAGCUGAGAGCGAGUACUUCGGCCCCGCGCAAUUCAUCGUUGAUUACUUGCUCACGCGGCACAACGUACUACACCCCUCCACGCUCCAGGACAUCGCCGAGGAUUCCUACGACGGUCACGGCGAUGAUGAUAUGAUGACGGACCCGCUGGUGAAAAUGGGGUUCAAGUCUCCGCGGACGGAAAGCAACGAUGACGACGACGAGUACAGCAAGGAUGCAAAGAAGGAGGUCAAGAUUCUCAAGCGGAAGAUGUAUGAUGCAGAGGAGGAAGUAAGACGACUGAAGAGAAAGAUUGAGACGAUGCAGGAGGAAAGAGGAAGCAUAUUCUCCUCAUCAGUGCCAUCUCUAUGGUCGGCUUUAUCGACUUAG